CUUCUCGGUAUUUAGGAAAUGUCCGAUCUACCGCCCGGGCCUAGCGUGGUGUCGCCUUCGACCGCCGCCCUCAACCACUCCGGGGCUUACCAGCCGCUGGUGGGCGGCCCGGGCCCGCAAGGAGCUGCCUACGCCGGCACAGCGGGGCAAGGAUGCGCCGAGGAAGAGAGGCCCGAGCCGGGCGCUCACCUUAUCACGUACCCGGAGACGAGCCGAGGGAAGAAGGGCGUCCCGCAUCCUCACCGGCCUCCGCCUCCUCCUCAACAGCAGCAGCAGCAGCGGCUCCUGAACGGCUGCGUGGCCGAGCUUCACUACAAAGCGGAUCGCAGAGGCCGCCUCUCGUGUGCCGAAGGCGACGCCGAGUUGAAGGCGGCGCUGGUUGGACUGUCGCCGCCCGAAGGCAGGAGGAAAAAAGCCGAGGCGAAGCACGACGAGAACCAAAGGACUGCUGAGGUCUCCGGGCCCGGCCCCGAGCACCCGGCGGACGGAAUCGAGCGGCGACUCGGUGUCAGCCCGGAGGACGAGGAGGAGGAGGAGCACCAGCAGCGCCUGGCCGCCUCGGUGGCCGCUUGUAGCUUACAAGAGGCCGACAGUAUACGAUACGUGGGCUACCAAUCCGAGUUACAAAUGCCAGAUAUUAUGCGGUUGAUCACGAAAGAUUUGUCUGAACCUUAUUCCAUAUAUACCUAUAGAUAUUUUAUUCACAACUGGCCGCAGCUUUGUUUUCUGGCUAUGGUUGAAGAUGAGUGUGUGGGUGCCAUUGUCUGCAAGUUGGACAUGCACAAGAAGAUGUUCAGGAGAGGAUACAUAGCAAUGUUAGCAGUGGACUCCAAGUACAGGAGAAAAUGCAUCGGCACAAAUCUGGUGAAGAAAGCUAUUUAUGCCAUGGUAGAAGGCGACUGUGAUGAGGUUGUCUUAGAAACGGAAAUCACAAACAAAUCUGCUCUGAAACUCUAUGAAAAUCUUGGAUUUGUGAGAGACAAAAGGCUGUUCAGAUAUUACUUAAACGGAGUUGAUGCACUGCGUCUUAAACUGUGGCUACGUUAGUAAACCAGAAAGAAAUUCAAAAAUGUGUCCUCUUCGUGCAUGCAAUUUUUUACAAAUUGCUUUGCAACAGGACCCUCUAAUUUCCAUGCGGCUCUUAUCUGUCUGUGUCUCAUUGUGUCACACACCUUUGCAGCACUAUGGCAUGGCGCAUUUGUGCUAAAUUAAAAAAAAAAGUUUUAAAAUUGUCAAAGUAUUCAGAGGAUGAACUGUGGUAUCAGAAAGAUGGGACUGUUAUCUGAGAUGCACCAUUUCAGUGAUUGGGGAGAAGGAAAUAUCCCCCUCCCCCAUACAUAUCCAUUUGGCUAUAGAUUGCGGUAGGGUGCCAUUCAAAGGGCCUGUUGGUGAAAAUCACGUUGACGGGUUUCCAGAAAACUUGUAUCACAAGAUUCCUCUAUCAACUGCAACAACUUCAUACAGAAAAUUGCCAGAUUAAAUUUUUCUCAAACAGCACUGUUUCUGUUUUCUUCCCUGCUCCUUUCCUCUUUCCCCCUCCCCCACCUCCACUCCCCUCCAAAAUAUUUUGUUUUUCCUUUAUUGUUUUAAGUCUUGGUACCUCAGAGGUCAAUGAUUGACGAAAGCACAUAUUGUAGAGGUUGUGUGUAUAUGUGUGAGCGUUACAACAAAAAAUAACAGUGAAUCUGCUGGUGCCUGUAUAGAUAGAUAUAUAUGCAUAUAUGUCUUCACUACUAGUUUGGAAUGCACGCUUUUUUUUUCUUUUCUUGGACAAUCUUCCAAGAAAGCUUCUGCUUUUUAUUUGAACAAUGGUUUAGUUUUUGGUGGCGAGUGGUUUCACGUUUUUAACAUUAUGAUUUUAAUUUCUCCUUUUCUCCCACAUCCUCUAAUCCUUUGAACAAAAUUCAAAAGGGUUUCUUGUUUUGGGAAAUAUAAUUGUUGCUUUGAGAGACAGGAUAGAGGCUUUCCUAUCGAGAAACAUCCAGUUGCUGCUUAUUUCUCCCCCCUCCCACCACUCCUUGCCCUUUGUGUACAGUGAAUAAAAUCUUGGCUGGAUCUAUAUAUGCACCUUUUGGUUUCAACCGAAGGAAUUUUUAAAUGAAAGAUUGUGCAUCUCUACAUGAUUUUAAUCAGAGAAGAUUCUUCAAAGUUGUGAAAGGCGGGGUUUCUUUUAAAAGUAAUGAAAUUGGACCAUGUUCUGCUAUCCAGUUGAGUAUGCAAGCAGCUCAGCUGGAGGAACCUCGGGCCUGGGUUGCCUAAAGGAUGCCAUUUGUAAAGGACUUUGAUAGAAAUUCAAGGUGCAUAUUCCCUGACUUCAGUUCAGUAUAAUUUCUGUAAGCUUUCAGCAGCUGGGCUCUUGUUUUUUUUCCUCUCUCUGAAGCUGAUGAUUGUUUUCACCUACACGAGUGUUUGAACUAUUUGGAGCUAUGCUGCUUUUACAUGGUUCAGAACUCACUUAUUCUGCCUUAUUUUCCACAAGAAGGGUAGACACCCACAGAACAAUGAAUCUGACACGUUCAUCACCAGACAAGAGAUUGGGAGCAGAGCACACUAUUUGGAAUGACUCCCUUCGGUUUUAUGUAAGCCAUGUAAUUUUUAGUUUAAGGGUAGUAAAUGAGAUUGGGUAACUGUUCGAUAUCAGUGCUUUUUGGUCUGUAUCGAAUGAUUGGACUGCAGUUCCAGUCAGUGUUUUUACUGCAUUUCACUGGUGUCUCUGCUUCUCGUCUCUCAGUAAGCAAGACAAAAGCAACAGGAAAGGGUUAAAUGGAAAUUGCAAAAAUGUUUGUAAUAUAACUCUGUAAGAUGCAGUAAAAUAAAGUGAAAAGUGGUUUUAA